AACUACACAGCUUGAUCAAUUGAUUUCAUCCAAGACCACACGCAAAUUAUAACAUGGCCGAGUCACUAGCAGCGUUCCGUGACCGACGGUCCAAGGACCUCCGUAAACUUGCCGAAGAACAUUUCCAACAUGACUUGAAUCAGGAAGAUCGCGAUAUCCUGAAGAGUGCAGCUGGAAAAGUGUCGAGACACGCCGGCUUCGCAUCAGCAGUUGGAAUGGGGCUGGGCAUCUACACAGCAUUCAAGCUGCGUAACAUGCGCCUGGCCUAUUUCAGGGCCUUCCGAGCCGUGGAGAAGCCCGUAGAGGUCCGUUUCGCAGACGGGCGCACGGAGCCUAUUCCCGACAUCUCAGCGCAUAUUUCUGGCCCUUCGCGCUGGGGUGAUGCGGCAACAUACUUCUUCUUCACCAUCGGCGGACUGUUUUUGGGCGGCGAAUUGGGUCUAUUGACGGGCACGGCCAGUGCUUCGCGGACGAUCACAAAGAACCCAGAGAGCAGGCAGAGGAUUGAGAAGGCGUUCAAGAACUAUCGAAUCGAUGUUUUGGAGAGUGAAAUCAAGGCGUUGAAAGGCAAAAGCAGGAUUGAGGAUUUCUUUUCUUCUUGAGGGUCUGGUUCUUAAAACGGCCGUUCUGCAAUGAUUGAGUGGCUGAAGCUGAAGAUAUCGACAAAUAUCAGACAAUCGUAAUUUGCAUUUGCAUAGUCUGC